AUGCUCGACCGCGUCCGCACGGAGAUCGUCGAGAAAGGCGGCAUCCACGGCGUGCACACGCUGCGGAGGAUCUUCCGGAUCAUGGACGACGGCGGUAACAACCGGAUCGAGCCCGCGGAGUUCAAGUUCGCGCUCAAGGACAUGGGCAUCUCCAUCACGAAAGACGAGCUCGAGAAGGCGAUGACGCUGUUCGAUAAGAACAAAGACGGCGGCCUCGACGUGAACGAAUUCACGAAUGCGAUUCGCGGAAAGAUGAACCCUCGGCGCAUCGACCUCGUUCGCGCGGCGUUCCAAGUCUUAGACCGCGAAGGCCGCGGCGUCGUGACGAUGGACGACCUCGUGCAAAUCUUCGACCCGAGCCUGCACCCGGACGUCAAGGAAGGCAAGAUCACCCCGGAGCAGUGCGUGCGCGACUUCGGCAAACAGUGGGACACCCUCGAGCGAGACGGCGUGAUCACGUUCGACGAGUUCCUGGAAUACUACCGCGACAUCAGCGCGGCGAUCCCGAUGGACGACUACUUCGAGCUCAUGAUCUGCAACGCGUGGAGGAUGGCGCCGCCCGGGGCGGACUCGAGCGCGCACGCGACCAGGGUGUUGGUGACCUUUGAAAACGGAAGGAGCGAGAUGGUCGAGAUCGAGGACGACGCCGGGUUGGACACACACUGGUUCCCAUACGACCGCGUUCGCGUGGUGAACGCCGAUCCUUAA